UAGUUUGUUUUGCUGUCUGCUGUGAAAAUGUCACAUAAAGAGGAAAACAAUUCCUGACAGUUUAUAGACACGAGAAGUUACAAAAAUAAAUACAUGAGGACCAUUGGAAAACAUUUAAUUGUUUAAAAUGAAUAUCUUACCCAAGAAAAGAUGGCAUGUACGUACCAAGGACAAUAUAGCAAGAGUUAGACGGGAUGAAGCGAAUGCGGCAAAAGAAGAGAGUGAAAAGAAAGCACGAAUUCAGAAGGCUGAAAGAGAAGCGCAAAUUGAAUUUCUACGCCAGGAAGCUAGAAAAAAGUAUGAUGGAAAGGUAAAGAAUACCAGUACUUCUGUUAAAAAUGAAAAAAACAUUAAUUUCUUCUCUGACUUGGAAGAAGGAAAACUCGAUUACGAGAAGGGUAAUAAACAAAAUGAAAAGGAAAAGAGAGAGGAAAAAGAAGAGUAUGAGAAGAAAAUUGGUUAUUUGACAUAUCUUGGCCAAGAUACUCAAGAACUGAAAGGAGAAACUAGUUGGUACAAUAAGGAUCGUCAAACCGAAUCACAAGUAACAGACAACAAAAUAGAAAAGAAGAGAAAAUCCUAUGAAGAUCCAAUUUACAGCAUGAAUAAAUAUUUAAAGCAGUUAGACAAAGGUAGCAAAGGUAAUAAGAUCAAUGAAGCACAAGCUAAUUCAACUGCAAAUAAAAGAAGAAAAUUGGAGUCUACUUCCUCUAAGGGAACUGAUGGAAAAAGUAGCCUAGAUCAAUUGAGAGCUAAAAGAUUGUUACGAGAGCAAAGAGAAAAGCUUAAAACUGAAACGUUAUUACAGAAAUUGCAAGGCAUUUCCAAGCCAAUUCAGCCUGAACCAUCAAAUAAUUACCAAAAAUACAAUUCUCAAUAUUUUCCAGAGUUUGCAAAACAGAAUGUAAAGAAAAAUUCUAAAUAGAGCAAAUCAGAUUAUUUUUCUGGCGACGGUUGAUAAAUGUACCAAUUUGUUUAUUUGGUAUACUUUCUAUUUUUAUAGAAAUAAAAAUUAAUGUUCUACAAAUCAUGGAUUCUUCAUGAUUAUAUAAAACUAAUAAGCAAAAUCGACGAAGAUAAUUGUUUAUUUAUAAAAUUAAUUGAAAAUAUAAUUUGUUUAAACGAAA